UUGGCUCUCAUUCACACACUCUUCCUCAUUUCCUAGCCAGGUGCUUUGCAAGGCGAGAAACCUCUAAGAAAAAACACGCACACAAACAUUCCUUAUCGACUGCGGGACUUCGCCUUCUCACCUCGGUGGAUUGCAGGCGGUCGAGUGGCACCGAAAAGCGUCGUUUUGCAUUAGAGGAAGACAUUUUCAACUUCGAAACCACUGCUUCUACCCGACGAUCUAAACAAGUGGGAGCCUUAUUUUCAUUGAUGCUGUUUUUGCAACACUUCUCUGAAUUUAAAAAGUGGCAUGCCUAGCGUCUGUCUGCGAAACAGGUGAAUAUAUUUCGGCAUUGGUUGGUUACAGAACUUUUCUGCGUUGUUUUGAUAGCGGGAUAAACAGAGUCGUAAAAUGUCAAAGCCAGCAGAUCAUAUCAAGAGACCCAUGAAUGCCUUCAUGGUUUGGUCCCGGGGCCAGAGAAGGAAAAUGGCACAAGACAAUCCUAAAAUGCAUAAUUCAGAAAUAAGCAAAAGACUUGGCGCGGAGUGGAAGCUGUUGUCAGAAUCAGAGAAACGACCCUACAUCGACGAGGCGAAGCGGCUGCGAGCGCAGCAUAUGAAAGAGCACCCAGACUACAAGUACAGACCCAGACGCAAGCCCAAAAACCUGCUGAAGAAGGACAGGUACGUCUUCCCCUUGCCCUACCUUGGGGACACGGAUCACUUGAAAGGACUUCCCGUAUCGGCCGCGGACUCUCUUUUGAGUGCCUCAGAAAAAGCCCGAGCAUUUCUGCCGCCAACGUCGACACCUUACUCAUUUCUUGACCCAAGUCAGUUCAGUUCAAGCGCCAUACAGAAGAUGACAGAGAUGCCCCACACGUUGACCACCAGCACUUUGCCCUAUGCGUCCUCAUUGGGAUACCAGAACGGCGCAUUUGGUAGUUUGGGCUGCCCAAGCCAGCACACCCAUACCCACCCUUCGCCCACAAACCCUGGGUAUGUGGUACCCUGUAACUGCACAGCCUGGUCGACGUCGAGUUUACAACCUCCCGUUGCCUACAUACUUUUUCCAGGUAUGACCAAGACUGGGAUAGACCCAUACUCAUCAGCACAUGCUGCUGCUAUGUAACCUGAUUAUAAAAUACUGACUUCUCUUUGAAAACUUGAAUACAAUGAUGCAUGUAUAUACGGACCAAACGCAAUCUCAAAGAAACAUCACAAACAUUUCAUGAACUCGAGGACUUGACAGAGGAACCGGACGAUAACUUUAAACGCGAUCGAACAAGACGUUCCUACGACCUCAGCGUGGAGCUGGGAAUUGAUGUAAGGCAGGUGCCCUGUGAACUGUAAGACUUGUAAAUGUUAUAAUGUUUAUUAAUGGCUACCGGAAAGGGACGCCUUUAACUUUAUUUAUUAUGUACAUUUUGAUGCUAUAAUAAUAUUUUUGUUCAGUGAUUAAUAUUAUUAUGAUCAUCAUAUUUUCAAGACAAUUUUGGUUUGCACAAUUAUCGAUUAGUCUACCUGUUUCAUGUAUAAUGUCUUGAUUUUUUGGCACUCAGACGAUAUGGUUAGGGUCAAAACUAGGACCUUUGAGUUGAAUGAAUAUACGGGUUAUAUUGUUUAUAUUUAUCAAACUGGCACAUAAAAUUAGACAGUCUAUUUAAAAUAUCAAAUGAACAAAUCUUAUCAUUCAAUAUUUUAAAUUGUUUGCAUUUUCCUGUGGUUCAGUGCUAAUAGUCACACGUUAAUUUUAUUUGAAAAAAGAGCUUCAGUUAUGAAGUUAAGCAGUUAAUGUUGUAUUUUUAAUCUGAGAUGGUAAUUUAAAACCUGUCUUGUUAUGGAAAGGACAUGUAUCUAGAAGGGGAUACCUCGUUUCUUUGUUCAUUUGCCGAGCAAAGACGUUUUGAAUAAAGACAAUCUGUCUUCAAAAGAAUAGAAAAGAAUUGUUGUGAUUACAUUGCUAGUAGAGUUUGGUGAUUUAGAAAUGCCAUAGCCAUAUUUUGUUAAGCUUGGGGUAGUGAAGUCCGUAUUAUAAAACUACGGAGGAAACUAGUGCAAUACCAACACAUUAAUAUCAAAAUAUUAUGGCCUUUACUUGCAUCCAAAAAUCCAAAUGAUUUUGAAUUAUAAAAUAAAAUGUCACUUGUUUAUGUCAAAUGCUUUGUCAUCCCAAAUGUAAAUUUUAGAGCUGCAAUUUCCACAUAGCAUUAUUGUGGACCUAUCUAUUUUUAAAACAAAAAACAGCUCCUUUAUUGAUUAAGCGUCCUCCAAAUUGAACAAGAAAGCUUUGCGCAUAAACUGUCAUUGUCAUUUUGUUUUGAGUCUAACCAUCCCAACAAGCGCCUUAACCUGAAACGGAUGCGGUGAUUCAUCAGAGUGUGCCGAGUGCCCAUCUGCUCACCGUGAAUAGAUGUGAGAUAAGUGUUGACAACGCGUGGCUUCCAGGAUUUCUCUUGAGGGACCAGUGUCAGAAUGAAAUUGCAAAACAAUUAAUGUACAGGGAGCCGAACGCAAACAGAGGCCCCCCAAACAACAACAAUCCAUUGAAAUUUAGAGUGUGCGCCACAAUGGGAUGGAAAUCAGUUUGGAGUGGGGGUGGUUGGAGUAGCUUAGCCAGCCACGCCGUUUAGCAUCACAAAACGCUACGUGAAAAUGAAUAAUUAUGCAAUAAGACAACGUGGGCAGCUUCGAACAGCGAAACCAGAUUCUAAUGCAGCUGGUAAUUGAGUGCGUGAUACUGCGUAUGGUAUUAUUCUGUUCCUGAGUAGGCCUUUAGCUGCCGGUGGUGUUGUGUACAGAAGAUGCGACAUAGCAUAAUAGACACUAACACGUUGCAUUAGGAGGCCUACCUGAAUGGUCUAAUUCAGCCUGGCAUGCACUGUCAAUUCUCCCUGUGUUGGACAUUACUCUGCAGAGCGGCAACCACCCCUUAUCUAAACCUGUAGCAGUGGGCCAUGACUGAAUAGCCUACCACAGACACAACAUAUGAAACACAUGAAACAACACGUAGCCUAAAUCCAAAACCUGUUUAUUUCGCCUGCUAAUGUCAUUCAGAGUCUAGGCCGCUUUCUUUUCGACCAGCAUGACACUUGUGCCUUCUAUUUGUUUUCUCUUCUUUUGAACAGUAGCCUAACAUGUUUAAACUAUGGCGCUAGAUCAUAAAACAGGUUCCUAAAUAUGUUCACUGCUUUCAGGUGUGUAAGUACCCUCUUUGAAUAAUAGUGACACACUAAAAUGAACUGAUCGCACUCUUUGAUGUUGGGAUGUGUGAGAGAGGUCUCCCCCGCGGGGAUUGCGCUAGCUCGACCUGUUUUACAGCUCCUGCGCAAGGAUAGUUGUAGGCGUUUUCCCCUGAUCUCUACCAUUCACUUCAAACCCCUGUAACCUGUAAGAACUCUGACAUUCUUAGUGCAAGUGUAUUUUACACAUUAUAUCUUCUCGUAGGGGCUUUCGCUUAGCACAUGGUACGCGUUUAUUGUAAUGGCACUGUAACUUAAAUCGGUUGAUAUUGUUGCAUUAAGGCUUGGAUCAAUAUUAAUUAUGUUUCUCUGAUGUUGCAUCACCAAAAUUGAAUGAAAGCACGAGAUACACAUUCCAUAACAAAUUUGGGAGUAGCAAACAUCUUCUUCCAUUGUACCUUUUAUACAUUCUCUAAAGGAAAUAUAAAGGGAACAAACAAAUCGCAUUAUUACCAUCAAACUGCAUUUGAAUAGCUUAACAUGUAAAACUUGCUGGGACCACGCAGAAGACCAACUACUAGCUCUCCAAACUCCUCAAGUACUGAGAGUAUUUUAACUCACAGCGGGUGAACGUUGAUUUAUUUAUAGUCUUUCAGAGAAGAUACUUUUUCCCGAAAAAAAAAACUGUAGCCAUCAUUUAAAUAUAGAAUAGGAUUCACUGAAAGGAAACAAGCUUGGGUUGAGAUGGCAAACAGAGGAUUGGAAUUCGCCUCUACUUUUUGUCUAUUGUCGCAGGGGUAGGGAAUAGGAUUUGCACACCGAGGUGUAAUAGCAUUACUGCAUUAAUUAAAAAUUUCAUUUCACAUCCAGAUUGUUUACUUAUCUGCCAGGAACAUAUGCCGGCAGAAGUUAAGAUUCACGAUUCUGCACUAUUGCCCAAGGUGCAAUUCAGUAUAGAGGAGGGAGGGGGAGGAGACAGGCGGCCUCAGAUUUUUAUGACAGACUUUGCUCUUAUCUGGCGCUGUAAAUUAGGGUGAUACUUCAUUGAACCGAAUACUAAGUUUCACAUCAGUCCCCUAAAGCAUGCAGAUUCAACUUUGAAAUUGGACAAUGAUAAUUACUUUCAAGAGCACUUACAUAAAGAAGGGGUAGAGAAUGUGUAUUUUCUGCCAUGUGAUAUUACACCCGAUGUCUUAAAGCAAUCAGCGCCUCAACUACGCACAAAUUAAACCCACUUCAGCUUAAAUGUGGAAUAAUUCUUCUGACUUGAAAGAAGAGAGGGAUUGGCUUUGUUGUUAAUUCACACACCCGUAUUAAACUAAUGGAGAGCAGCAGACCUCUACCUUUCUCCCCCCUCUGUGAGAGACAUUAGCAUUUUAUGAAUUAUGAGUUGUUAAAUAUGAUUAUGCAUCGGGCCUACACAGUCACAUGGAAAUACAUGAUUGUGAAUGAUAAUCGACUUAAUACGUUUAGUUAAGUUGAGAGAGUGUGAGAGAAAGAGGGAGAGGGAAAGAGAAAGAGCGCGCGUGUGUAAUUAGAUGUUAAUUUAUGACCCCCUUCAUGGCAAUUAAUCAACUGUGAUCAUUUCAGCCAUACUGAAUUGCCACGCUCGGUCUUUGGAAGUAUAUGUAACUCAACUGGUGAAAACAAAAAAUGACUUUAAAAGCGCGUAUACGCGCUCGCGCUCGCGAGCACACAGGCACACACACACACACACACGGCGCCAAGGGAAAAUAAUAGAGGCGAAAUUAUGAUUUGAAAUUAUAGACGCCCUAAAUCUCUCCUAAACUCUUCUCCUAGACGUUUUUAUUUGAGCACAACAGAGGGUUUCUGCUCCCACAGACCAAUUCAAUCUGCCUUAUCUCCCCGGGACUGCUUUCAGCGGGAGAUCAGAGAAAAAGAGAGGAUAAUUGUUCUUUAUUUUAUUUAAUUUAAUGCGACAGCCAGUGCUUUCAGGUCAUUUAUAUGCUUAAUUUAGUGAUAAAAGUCAAUGAGGAGGGGACACAAGGCGCUUUUCUUUCCUCAAACACUUUAGUGGAAAAUAUAAAACACAUGAAACAAAAGUAGAAGGACAUGACACUUUUAAUUGAAUGCCAUGGGUCAUUUGCAUCAUUGUCUCUUAAUGUCACCCUGAAAUCAUCGGCGUAGAGCUGAGUAAGAUAUGUCGCGUACAAAUAUCUCCCACUGCAUCUUGCCAUGCUAAUUUUCUAUUUAACUCCAACUGAAGUCAGUGUAGUUAGUUAAAAAAAAAAAUAAGCCGCCAUCCUUGACUGGCAUGCCAGAGGCUACCAAGCUGUAUCUUAACUAUGACAAAUAGUUAUGCCUAUUGAACAAAUACCAAAAUUAUUAUUAUUAUUAUUAUUAUUAUUUACAUGCAAGUGAUCUGAUAGGCCAGCCUAUUUGUAUUAUCUCAAACUUAAUGUCCAGAAUAUUCUAUAUGAAUAGUUGAAUGUGCUGGCAGGUGCAGGGAAAGCUGAUCUCAUUUUAAAAUAUUAACUAUUGUCUCUUUCCUCUAAGUCUAAAAAAGCAUCAUUGCUAAACCCCCAGUCUAUCUGAAAUUGGAUCUGGGAUACGAUUUUGACAGAGGAAAAGUAAAGCCCGUUCCCGUUGUUUGAAGCUCCGGCCUUGAAUUUGGGGGUCCCUAAAUUCUCAUUUGAAAGAAAUGAAAUGGUGAACGAGCUGAUAAGGAAAUGGGGAAGGGAUAUGCUGAGAGAAAAGGAAUCAUACCACGGCUGUUUAAUGUGCGCUUCCAGUCGGGAAAGUGAUUUACACAGAGGCUUUAUUCCCCUCCGACUGAUAUAAAGGAAGUGCAUACAUCCCUUGCCACACACACACACACACGUUUGCAGGCAGACAUGCUCGACCCCAUGCGCAUGCAUGCAUUUGAAUAUACAUUGACUCACGCGCGCGAAAACCCACCUACCCAUAAUCUACACACAGUAAGUUCAGACAGCGAUUAUAGAAGCUAUUACUGAAAUGGCUGUUCUUGACACUUUAUUAAUCAGUUUUACUCACACAUUUAAAACAAAUUAAAGGGAUAUAAUAAAUGUUCUCUUCAGUGAUAUUCACGUGGUAAAGUAAAAAAAAAAAAGAGAUCAUUGAUCAAUAGGCUAUUUGUAUGCCUAUAAUUAAAGAGUUUACCCUUACGUCAGUAAUCAUGAAGUAUGCCUACUGGUAAAUACAAAGGUCCAUUGCUGCAUCUUUUGGAGAAUAUCUGGUAGCCACAAAUAGUGGCCUAUACUCUCAGGCUAUUUGAGUUUCAUUUGAUAGUAGGCCUAUCAAUAAAUGAGAGGCAUAAGGUUUUGUGGAAAUAAACUGUUGGUUAUCAGCCAUAGUGAGUAGGCCUACUUAGUAAAGUGGGAAAUGCAUACAAAUUAAAACAUAAUAAUACAUAGGCUAAUGUGAAUCAGAAUAAAAUGAGCUGUUGUGCACACCAUUGAGGGUAUGGUUGUUUUAUGUUAACCUUAACGCCAUACGAAUUAUAUUUAUAUUUAGAAAUGUACUGUUCUUGAUGAGUGUUUACUGGAUAUGUGUAUGCUUAGGCAUAAAUGGUCUGAAGAAUAUUUGACUAGUCGUGUGCAAGUAGGCUUUGCCAUGUCGGACUUCUUGAACAAGUCAACAUAAUGAAGAACAAAUCAGGUGCUGCGUGCUGCAUGUCAGCUGUUUUGUUGUGUGUGGAAUUCGUUAAGCUAGUGAUAAAAACUACCUUUCUCUUAGGCUUUUAAAACAAACUGUAUCUGUUUAGCAAACGUAGCCUAUAGCCUAGGCCUAAAUGGUCAGAAGAAUAUUUUAUUAGUCGUGUGCCAUGUCGGCCCCAUCAUGACAAUUAAUUGACAUCAAUUGACGAACUAUAAAGAAUGAGUGAAGAACGAAUUAAAAAUAGAGAAAAUGUCAGCAACGAGUAGGCCUACUUUUCUCUUUGGCAGUGUUAAAUAAACAGUCUUUCUUUGGAACAUGUAUAAUACCCUUCGUUCAGCCGUUUAUUCAGUUAACAACAUUGUAGGGAACUUUUAGGCACAUUUAGUUUGAACUUUUUAGAGCAAGUUCUCUCAGUUCAAUUGCACUAUAGAAAAAACAAAAAAUCAAUAGCCUUCCAUUUAGCACUGUGCCAAAGUAUUCUUUUAUCUUGAAUUUGUCAGGUGGCCUGGAUUUAGCAAACUAAUGUUUAGACUAUGCAACUUUUAGUUGGUUUUCCAAAACAAUGAAUUUACUCCAAAACAAUGAAUACGUUUUUAAAACAAACUUGGGAAGGAUAAGCCUACUGCCUUUAUAACCUAAACUAUAGUUGGACAAUAACAAUAGGCCGUCAAAGAGAAAACGCUAAAACUGCGACAAUUAGUCUAAAUAAAGGUGAAACUAAGAAAGCCAUUGAACUUUACUACGGAGGUCAACUGUAGGCUAAUGCACGACAUCCCCUGGAGGUCAGAAGACACAGUGCGCCUGGAAGACAGUAUGGUUCCUACCUUUGCAUCUACCUAUGCUGCUCCACACGCAUAAACAUAGCCUACCUGGAACACAUGGUUUUAUUGUGCACUCCACAUUUAUGGACUUAUGGAUUUAUGGACCAUCUUUGAAAAGGGGAAGAGAAUGGUGUACUUUGGUAUUAUUAUGUUUUCUCCAAACUGACUUAUGAGAUUUAUAAGAUUUGUCCAUGACCUGGUCUAGGAUUUUCCGCCAUGAUCUUUGAACAUAAACUCAUUGUCUGCUCAGGUGUUUCAUCAUGGUCUACUAUGUUGCAUCUGUAUUCUGUCUACUGUUUUUACCUCCAGGUUAAUAACUGCCAUACUCCCUGUAAUCCAGAAAUCCAUAAACCAUCCACUCCACCACAAAUCCUACUCUCACACUUCCUCAUGCCAAACCAUACAGAUUUAGGUGCUUUACACCCCAACAUACACUCCAUAUACCACACAUAUUGUGAUCAACCCUUCUAUGUGGUACUACUAUUAACACAAUUCAAAUACGUGUUGGGUUACAUGCUUAUAUUCACGCACAGAAUUAAAAAAUUAAAGUGAUCAGCUUCUACAAUAACCACAAACACAGCUAAACAUAUAUCAAUUUUGGCUAGAAAAAAAAUCCAUUUCAUAUUAACUUGCUAAAAAUACAAUGGUGUCUCUGUCAAUUUUCAAAAUGAUAUGUCAAUAUUUUCCUUCUGUAGACCUGCUAAAACUAGGAAAAAUGCAUGUUGAUAUUAUGUGUUGAACUGACUUGAUAUUAAAACUGUGGUAAUACAUCAACCAGAACUUUCCGCAACACCUUUUCCUAUGGUAGAAGUCCUUCUG